AGGACCCGAGCCCCGGUGGACCGAGAGGAGGUCUCCGAGUACCACCUGGUGGUGGAAGCCAAUGACCAGGGCAAGGAUCCGGGACCGCGUAGCGCCACGGCUAUGGUGCACAUCACGGUAGAGGACGAGAACGACAACUACCCUCAGUUCAGCGAGAAGCGCUACCUGGUGCAGGUGCCCGAGGACGCCCCUGUGAACAGCCAGAUACUGCAGGUGCAAGCCACGGAUCGGGACCGGGGCAGCAAUGCCCAGGUGCACUACAGCAUUGUGAGUGGCAACCUUAAAGGCCAGUUCUACAUUCACUCUUUCUCUGGCGCCAUUGACCUGAUAAACCCUCUGGAUUAUGAGACUAUUCGGGAGUACACGCUGCGGAUCAAAGCCCAGGAUGGGGGCAGACCUCCCUUGAUCAACUCCAGUGGCAUGGUGUCAGUGCAGGUUGUGGAUGUGAAUGACAAUGCCCCAAUCUUUGUGAGCACUCCCUUCCAGGCCACGGUGCUGGAGAAUGUUCCUCUGGGCUACUCAGUGCUGCACAUCCAGGCCGUGGAUGCUGACUCUGGAGAGAAUGCCCGCCUGGAGUACAAACUCAUAGAGAUGGCACCAUCCACCGGAGGUGCCCCCGUAGCAGGUGACUCUGGGUUCCCUUUUCAGAUCAACAACAGCACAGGGUGGAUCACUGUGGCCUCAGAACUGGACCGAGAGACUGUGGAGAACUAUCAUUUUGGGGUGGAGGCCAGGGACCAUGGCGUGCCGGUCAUGACCUCCUCGGCCAGCGUGUCCAUCACUGUCCUGGAUGUGAACGACAACAACCCCACCUUCACAGAGAAGGUGUAUCACCUCAGACUGAACGAGGACGCGGCUGUGGGCAGCAGUGUCCUGACCCUGACGGCAGUGGACAGGGACGUUAACAGCGUUGUGACUUACCAGAUCACCAGUGGCAACACCAGGAACCGUUUUGCCAUCACCAGUCAGAGUGGAGGGGGGCUGAUCACACUGGCCCUGCCCCUGGAUUACAAACAAGAAAGGCAGUAUGUCCUCACAGUCACUGCCUCUGAUGGCACUCGCUUUGACACUGUCCAGGUCUUCAUCAAUGUCACGGAUGCCAACACACACCGCCCGGUCUUCCAGAGCUCCCACUACACGGUGAGCGUCAGCGAGGACAAGCCCAUUGGCACCUCCAUUGUCACCAUCAGUGCCACUGAUGAAGACACGGGAGAGAAUGCAAGAAUCACUUAUAUUUUGGAUGAUAACAUCCCCCAGUUCCGUAUUGACCCUGACACAGGCACCAUCACCACCCUGAUGGAGCUGGACUAUGAGGACCAGGCCUCCUACACGUUGGCCAUUACAGCCCAUGACAACGGCAUCCCCCAGAAAUCGGACACCACGUACGUUGAGAUCCUCAUCCUGGAUGCCAAUGACAACGCGCCUCGCUUCCUGCGUGACCGCUACCAGGGCUCGGUUUUUGAGGACGUGCCGCUCUCCACCAGUGUCCUGCAGCUGUCUGCCACUGACCGUGACUCAGGCCUCAAUGGCCGUCUCCUCUACACGUUCCAGGGUGGUGACGAUGGAGAUGGAGACUUCUACAUCGAACCUACUUCUGGAGUGAUACGCACUCUGCGCAAGCUGGACCGCGAGAACGUGGCUGUCUACAGCCUGCGGGCCUUUGCUGUGGACAGGGGCAGCCCACCGCUGAAAGCCUCCGUGGAUAUCCAGGUGACUGUGCUGGACAUCAACGACAACCCCCCUGUGUUUGAGAAGGAUGAAUUUGACAUCUUUGUGGAGGAGAACAGCCCUGUGGGCUCUAUUGUGGCACGGAUCAGUGCAGCUGACCCCGACGAGGGGACCAACGCACAGAUCAUGUACCAGAUUGUAGAGGGGAACAUCCCCGAGGUCUUCCAACUAGACUUGCUCAAUGGAGAUCUUACAGCCCUAAUGGACCUGGAUUAUGAGAGUCGGACAGAGUACGUUAUCGUGGUGCAGGCCACCUCAGCCCCUCUUGUGAGCAGAGCAACAGUGCACAUCCGCCUGCUGGACCAGAACGACAACCCACCUGUGCUGCAGGACUUCCAGAUCCUCUUCAAUAACUACGUGACCAACAAGUCCAACAGCUUCCCCUCUGGCGUGAUUGGCAAGAUCCCAGCUCAUGAUCCCGAUGUGUCUGACAGCCUGGCCUACACCUUUGUGCAAGGCAAUGAAUUAAACUUGCUCCUUUUGGACUCUGCCACUGGGGAACUCAAACUCAGUCGUGAUCUGGACAACAACAGGCCCUUGGAAGCCCUUAUGAAAGUGUCAGUCUCAGACGGUGUUCACAGCGUCACAGCGGUCUGCACCCUGCGCGUCACCAUCAUCACGGAUGACAUGCUCACCAACAGCAUCACGGUGAGGCUGGAGAACAUGUCCCAGGAGAGGUUUCUUUCUCCCCUCCUGUCCCUGUUUGUGGAGGGGGUGGCAACUGUGCUCUCCACUGCCAAGGAUGGCAUCUUUGUUUUCAACAUCCAAAAUGACACAGAUGUCAGCUCCAAUAUCCUCAAUGUGACCUUCUCAGCCUUGCUCCCUGGUGGCAUUCGAAACAAGUUCUUCCCCUCUGAGGACCUGCAGGAGCAGAUCUACCUCAACAGGACUCUGCUGACCAUGAUUUCCACACAGAGGGUUCUGCCCUUUGAUGACAACAUCUGCCUGCGUGAGCCCUGUGAGAAUUACAUGAAGUGUGUCUCUGUCCUGAAGUUUGACAGCUCAGCCCCCUUCAUCAGCUCCAACACAGUCCUGUUCCGCCCCAUCCACCCCAUCAACGGGCUGCGGUGCCGAUGUCCCCCAGGCUUCACCGGCGACUACUGUGAGACGGAAAUUGACCUCUGCUACUCCAACCCUUGCGGGAGCAAUGGGCUGUGUCGAAGCCGAGAAGGGGGCUACACUUGUGAAUGCUAUGAGGACUACACUG